AUGUCUCUGUCGACAUUUCAUGUUUUGGUGUCAGCCGCUGUAGCCUGCCAGGAAAAUGAGUUCUCCAAUUUUCCUCAGGCAGUUCUCGUGGAUCCCCAUGAGAUACAGUCCAAUGUGAAUCCAAAAGGUACUAGGCAAAUACAGGGUUCUAGUAGUACCCCAAACAAAGAGUUGCAGAAAUCGCAACACUUCAAAGCACUUCAAAAAAUGGUUACUAAAAAAGUGAAAGAGUUGAAACCCCUGUCUUCAGUGGACACAGAUGAAACCACCAGAAACCUGCAAAUCAUACAACCUCAUGCAAACAUGUCACAAGUAUCACCCAAAGCAAAGCCGCCGAGAUCUCGGACCACCCUGACUGGAGAUUUUUCGGUGUCAUUUGAACUGCCAGAAGAUUUUCCUCAUGAUGCAAAUGCUGAGACGUUAGUACAGGAGAGGAGUGGAACUCCUCACACUUUACCUCAAUUUUCAUUCUCUGAAAGACUUCAGGGCUGGAGGAUUACUCGAAGAAAACGAGUCAAGGGAAUAUAUGACAUGUAUUAUCGACAUGAGAAUUCGAAUGUCAGUUUGAGAUCAAUUGUGGAGGUGGUCAGAUUUAUUCUUUAUGAGGAAUAUCCCAAACAACAGGCGGCAGGAAAGUCAGAAGGAGAUCAAUCAGCUGAGAGGAGAAUGGCGAGAUCAGCAACGUUGAAGAGAAAGUCUUCAGAUGUUGAUUGUGGCAACAAUGUCUCAGAGGAGGAUAUGCAGCGUUUCGAUUGUGGACCGAAGGAGGAUUUUGUAAGGUUGUCACCUGAAGCUAUGGAAGAAAGGGUGAGAAAGUUUCUCAAGGAAGCCUAUGAGAACCUGAGGAACUUGAAAUUUGUUAUUACAGAGGAGGAAAGUGAAUCAGAAGGGACCAAACGUCUAAGGGUUACAAUAGCUCCUCCAAAUGUUGUAUCAUCCAAUACUCCUUCUAGAGAAGAUGAAUUUUCCAACCCUUCGACGGAAUUUCAUCAAGCCGAUCCGAUGAACCAUAAGGAGGUUAGCAAUGGCAGCCUUGUGCAAAUGGAUGGCAUCAUAAGGGCCAGUCCUUUGGAAACAACAAGGGUGAUGAGAGCAAGCGCUGAUCAGGGUGCACACGACUUACAGGCCUAUAUGGAGGAAAGAGAAUCAGAAGGGACCAAAACAAAACAUGUAAAUGUCCCAAGUGUAGCCCUAUCUCUUCCAAAUGCUCUACCCAAGAUUCCUUCUAGAGAAGGUGAACCCUCCAACGCUUCCAUGGAAUUUGAUCAAGCAUAUCUGUUGAACCAUGUGGAGCUUAGAAAUGGCAGCCCUGUACUAAUGGAUGGCGUCCACGGUGCCAAUCCUUUGGCAGCAACAACGGUGAGAGAAAGAGAAGUUUAUCAGAGUGCACACGAAGCCUAUAUGGAGGAAUGUGACCUGAUUAAUGAAAUUCCGGAGUGCUCCAACUACGAGGACCUUGUGACAAGCCUUGCAUUAAUGAGAGCCAGGUUAUUCCUUAACGAUCUCGACGACUAUUAG